AUGAGUGAUUGGAAUUUAAAUGAAUUAGAGUCAUCAAAUAUGACUGAAUAUACUACUGAACUAAGAACUUUAUUAAAUACAAUACACACUGUAAAUGAAUUUGUCGAUGUUAGAGGCUUUAGAGAAAGAAUGGAACUAGAAACGCAUUUGAACUAUUAUAUUGGCAGAAUUUUAAAUUACUUUCUGUUAGAUGAAGGCAAAAAUAUAAAUUAUUUAUAUAAUACCGAAACUGAACAUGACCAAGGUCCUUUUAAGGAAAGUAUAGAGAAAAUUAGAAAUGAGGUAGAAAAUGUUUCAUCUUAUAUAGUUUCUCCAAAGACUGAUAAUAAUGACACAUCAAGUAAAUGUCAUGCAGGAAGAAGUUGUGGUAGAAAAUUUAGAAAUGGUGAACCAAUUUACAGAUGCCAAGAAUGUGGAUUUGAUGAUACUUGCGUGUUAUGUAUAAACUGUUUUGAACCAAAAGAUCAUGUUAACCAUCAUGUUUAUACUGGCAUUUCUAAUGAUAACUUCAAUACAGGUAUCUGUGACUGUGGUGAUAAUGAAGCUUGGAACGUAACUUUAUCAUGUAAAGCUGAUAAUGAUUUAUUAGAAAAUGAGAAAAAGGAUGAUUCACUUAACAUUUUCGAAACUGAACAUAAUAGAAAAAUAUUCGAGGCUGUAUUAUUUGAAGCAAUUGAUUAUGUCAUUGAUGUAUUUAACCAUCAAGUAGAGGUUUUAUACCCAACGCAUUCAGAAUUUACGUCUUUUAUUAGGAAAACAUACCACGAUAUAACUGAUGAAUCAUUAAGAAUAAGCACAAUACGAAGAUUCAUUGAUGAUUUUUCGUAUAGAAAUAAAUCUUUCGAUAUAGAAGAGAAUAAAGGCUACACGUUGAUUGUUUAUAAUGAUGAAUUCCAUAACUACUCACAAGCUACAACUGCACUAAGACAAGGCAAACCUGAUAAUCCUCAUAUUGAUAUUUUAACUACGAGGAUAGAUACUGAGGGUAGAGCGGUUAUUAAAACAUCCCCCACCCUAACAGAUGAUUUCAUUAGAUCCCUAUUUGCCAUCGAAACCAAUGGAUUGACAGCAUUUAUUUUCCAAUGGCAAGAGUAUCUACAUCAGGAGUCAGCAAAUCGUAUUAUGUGGUGGAUAUCACAAUGUUUGGAAUUAGAAAACCCUUCAUUUCAAAAGGUUUUUAGACAAAGUUUAACCAAAGUAUUAUGUACCAAAUUCGACAAAGAUUCAACUACUAACCUUGCAAACGAAUUUGACUUUCGUGGUAUUAAAAUAGGUUUAUCAAAGGAUCAUUUUAGAUAUAGUGAACUGUCAAUAUUGAAUGAGGAAAAUUCAAUUCCGCAGAUUAGCCAUAAAAUAUUAGAUUUCACAUCUUUAAAUGAUAUUAAUGACUAUCACAUUCCUCCGAACAGGUGUAGCUCAACAAUAGAAGUCGAUCCCGUUCCAUAUUCUGGGCUUAGACUGCAAUAUAUUUUGUACUUUGAUAAUAGAUUUUGGAAAGCAUUAAGGAAAAACGUGCAAAGCAUUAUAAUUCCCAUUGUAUCCUCAGAUGCUGACUACAAGAAGCUAUUUUCUGAUGAAUUUUUACAAAUUUUCAGCCAUAUGCUUAGAUCUGUUGCAUAUAAUGACAGAGAACCCCAUUUAACUAUAAUAAAGGAGUUAAUCGUUCAAUUAUUAACUGUUCCAACUAAUGUUGAAUCAUUGAUGAAUAACAAGCACAUGUUUGAGGAAAUUAUGUGGUCAAUCAUUGACUUUUUUUGUAAAUUUGCUAAGGUAGAUAAUGGCCAAUUAGUCUGGCAAAGAGUACAAAUUUCGAAUAUAACUAAAAGUUAUAAUUUUUUAUUCAAGCAGUCAUUAUACUUCAUAGAAAUUGUAUUAGGAAAAGUCAUGGAUUACAGAAAGUUACUAGAACCAAAUAACUUCAUUACACUUUUAAAUUUUUUGAAGUUAUUCAAUGGUGCAUGGAAGAUUAAUAGAAAGGAAGGUGAACACGUCUUACACGAAGAUCAAUACUUUAUUCCAUAUUUGGAAUAUACAACCUACAUUUAUAAUAUUAUUGAAAAUUUUGAUGUUAUACUGAGAAAGAAUAUAGAGUCAGCUAGAAAUGAUCCGAUGUUGCACGGAGCAAUCAAAAUUUUAUUGAACUACUUAAUUUCUGCUAAUUCAACUAAUGCGACCUUCAAAAAAUUGGACUCAUUUGGAAAUAGAUCGGUUAUCAAAUUUGAUGUUUCUAAAGAAAGAACAACCUACAUGAAUCCGGUAAGCACUCUAUUUUCGAUUUUAGUAGAUAAAAUUUCGAUUGACGACUUUGUCAGAUUAGUCUCAGAAGUUCCUGAAAAAGACAAAUUUAUUUUUUCUGCUGAUGUUGAAAUGAGAACGUUAGUUUUAUGUUCACAAGUGGAAUGUGGCUUUUGGAUCAGAAAUGGUAUGUCCGUGUUACACCAACUAUCAUACUACAAAAAUAACCAAGAACUAGAUUCUUACGGCAGAGAUCUUCAUGUUGUUCAACUAGGUGCAAUCAAUUCUUGCUCAAAUAAAGAAGAAGGCAUGACCGAAGAGCUAGAAACAUUUACUUACAAUAUGCUAGAUAGAUGGGGAUUAAUAGAAUGUUUAAAUAAACCAUACAAUUCUGAGAAAACCAUUUAUGAAGAUAAGUUAUAUCCAAUGAUCCAACAGUUUAUCGUAUUUUGCUACCAUAUGUUAACUACAAGAAUAUUUUUUGAAGAGUUUCAAGAUGCUGAGGAGAAUAGAAUUGAACAACUCCAAACAAUGAUAAUUUACAAAUUAUUUUCUAAGCCUUUGUCAUAUUCUAAGUUACUAAAAUCAAUUCCAAAUUAUUUAAUAGAAAAUAAUAAUAAUCAAGAUUUUGAUAUUUCUUUGGAGAAAUUAUCCAUUUUUGAGGAGCCAAAAGGUUUGUCUGACAAUGGUGUUUAUAAAUUAAAAAAACAAAAUUAUUCUUUAAUAGAUCCUUUGAAUAUGUUUAAUAUGGGCAAUGAUUUUGAAUCAAGUGUUAACAUCAUCAAAUCAAAACUAGCAGGCAAAGUAAGAAAACCAGAAGAAAUAAUUAUCGAGCCAUAUUUUAACGAAAAAGUUAGAGAUGAAAGAAUUGGGAGGUUCUUGAGGACUACUAUCUUUGUCAAUUUAAUCGAAAAUUUACUAGAGGAAGUAAUCUUAAGCAAUAAUGCAACAUACUUAUAUGAAUUAUUACAUUUAUUACAUGCUAUUUUUAAAGAUUAUAGACUAUGCAAUAACUAUUCAAACAAAAUUCCUCCAGAAUACAAGAGCGAAUCAAUUAUUUCUAGUCUAAUAGCUGUAUUAAAAGACAGUUCUAAUAAACAAUUUUCUGGGAACAUAAUUGCUAAAGCAAACUGGGUUCUUGAAUCAAUCAUACAAGAUAACCAAAAGAAAUUUUAUGAAAAGUUAUCAAAACUAUAUGGUAGUGAGUUUUCGGAAAAUUUCAGACUAAAGAGAUCAAAUGAAGAUAACGCUAGAGCAGAAGUAGAAAGUGAGAUAGACAAGAAGAGGAGACUAGCAAAGAAGCGCCAAAAGAAACUUAUGGCAAGAUUUGAUAACCAACAAGCGAAAUUUAUGGAAGAGCAUAAGAAUUCUUUUGAGAAGCCAUUACAUGAUUCUGCGCAAUCUUACAUGAAUUGCUCUGGGGAUAAAGGAAAAGAAGUAACUGCAAUUGAAGACUCUACCUGUGUAUUAUGUCAAGAUGACGUAGACAAUGAAGUAUUUAUUAUACCUGCAUAUCAUGAUUAUUCACCAAUAUUUAGAGGAAGUUCUAAGGUCGAUUUGUAUGACGUUAAAUACGAAUGGGAUGGGUUUAAAAACGAUUCAGAUAAUUUGACAUAUUAUGACGAUGCCACAAUAAAAAAUAUUAUAAACAGUAGUUCUAGUGGUAGUAAAAAAGUGUUCACAUCAUGUAAUCAUGCAAUUCAUAGUAACUGUUUUAGAAGAUUUAUUCAAAAGAAAAGAUUGUCAGUUCACGGAUUCAUUUGUCCUCUUUGUCAAACUUAUUCAAACUGUAUCAUUCCUGUUGUUCCAUCUUCUAAUUACAAACUAAACUUAUCUCUUAAAUCUAUUAUUGAUAACUCAUUAACAGUAAAUGAGUUUUCAGAGUUAUUUAGUUCUGGUAAGUUCGAUAGCGUCGUUGAUAAAUCUAAUCCAUUGUCAACUGUGUUAAAUUUUUCCAUAUAUCAUGCAAACUCCUUUGAUAUAGAUAUACACAAAAUAAUUGAUGGCAAAAAAGAGAACGUGACUUUAAUAUUAAGCAUGCACUGGGCAAAUACUAUAUCGAUGUUAGAAAUUGCCUCUCGUACUGAUGAAAAUCCUCAAAUAUCUUUCCUAAUUACCAGAGAACAGAAAUAUAAAACAUUGAAAAAUAUUUUGUGCUUCAUAAUGUUGAUUUAUAAAGUUUAUGGCCAACCUGAUUUGAAUUUCAAACCAUAUGAUUUCAAAGGUAAAAAUCGAAUUGAGAAUCAAUUAUUUCACUAUAUUGUUUAUAAUUUCUUAUAUUCUAAAAUGCCAUUGAGAAAAAUUGUUACUAAUGCCUUAUCAACUUAUCUGAGACAGUUAGUAAAGUUAUCAAUAGAUAAUAUCCAUGAGCUGAAAAAUGAAAAGAAAUUGGAUAUUCUACUAGAUUGCAAGGAAGUAUCUCCUAUCCAUGUCUCAUUAAAGAAAAGAAUUGAAAAAAUUGUCAUGGAUCAUAUAAUUAUUGACUACGACGAUAAAGUUUAUUGCUUAAUAUACAAAUAUCUUGUUAGAAGCAUAUUGCCAACUUUAAGACGUUGUUUAAUAAUUGUCAAAGUGUUUCAUGAUACUAUCAAAGUUUCUGAAAAUGAUACAUUUAUUGUUGACGAUAAACGUUUGGAAGAUUUAUUAGAUGUAGAUGACCUCUGCGAAUACGUUAAUCUAAUGAUUGAUUUAUUAACUGAUUAUGAAUCAUUGGAAUAUUUAUUGGAUGCAGAAUGUUCAACUCCUUCAGAUAUUUUGCUGAAGAAAAUACCAAUUGAAUCAAGCAAAAUUAUUAAAAUGGCAAAUUUGGUAAACAACCUUAACACGUAUAUCACUAACUCCAAAGAGUUAAGGUUACGUGAGGAGCAUUUUAUAUCUAAAUACAAGCUUGAAGAUAGACUUGAUUUUAAGAUUUGUUUAACUUGCGGUUCGAAAGUUCAUAUGAGAAGUGAUCAUCAUGAAAUGUCACACCAUUUACAAAGAGAGUGUUUUAAAAGUUAUGGUGCCUUUUUAGUUCCUAACAAUAAUGAGGUGUGUUUAUUUUUAGCAAAUCCACCUAGUGUAGUUUAUAUCUCUGCACCAUAUUUAAAUUCACAUGGUGAAUCCGGUAAAAAUGCUAUGAAGAGAGGUGACUUAACAACUUUAAGUACAAGAAGAUUUGAAUACUUGAAUACUCUUUGGGUUAACAAUGAAAUUCCUGGCUACAUUAGUAGAGCUAUGGGUGAUGAUUUCAGAUUGAAUAUUUUAAGUAAUGGGUUUUUAUUUGCAAUGAACCGAAUUCCACCCCAAUUCAGAAGACGUGACGAUGGAGACAGUGACUCAAGUGGAGAAGAAGAUUUAAAUUUUUCUGAUGAAGAAGAAGGUGGUCUGCGUGUUGAGGAUAUGACAAGAGUUGAGUUUGAGGAAGCAUUUGAGUUCUUUAACCCUACAGAGAAUGAUGGUUUAAAUGAUGAUGAUGUAGAAACUGGUAACAGGGAAAGACGUAGAGUACGUACUUUACCAUUUGCCAUUUUACAAGAACAAAUUCGUAGACUUGAUGGUAUGGGUGGUAAUGGAACACAAGUAUUCAAUUUAGCUGAUCUGUUAGAUGGUGCAAGAAAUCCAGUCACCGAAACAGCAACACCGCCAACUAACGCGCAGUUAGGAACACCUGUUGAAAACAUAAUCGAUUCGAUUAACCUAACCGAUGAAAACGAGACAAGAGAAGAGAACAAUACCAAUCCAAAUGAAGAAAAUAGUGACAGAGAAUGGGAAGAUGAUGACAUGACACAUUGGUAA